AUGUCGACGCAGCCUCUUCUGCAGCGUACGGCGGGCAAGCGUAUUGCGCUUCCCGUUCUCCUCUCGUGGCUCAGCUUCACCGUGACCCUCUCGGCGCUCGCCGCGGGUCUGCUCAACUUCGGUGACCGCGUCGGCCGUGUCAGCGCUGCGCUGUUCAGCUUCGUCGCCAUCGCUAUCAUGCUCUACGCCCUCGUCACCUACCACUGGCGUGCGAACGCGAUCCGCAACCGCGGCAGCGGCCCUUACGAUGACCGUCUCGCAGGCCCUACGGUGCUCUCGGUCCUCCUCCUGACGGCGAUCGUCGUCAACUUUGUACUCCGCUUCAACGAGUAA